AUGUCGCUCAUUCCCUACCAUCCGCGCGAGGGCCGCGAAAUCGUCUUGCGUCAUCACAAUGCCAUCGUCGUGCGCGAUCCUGCGUCACAGCGCCUCGAGAUCCGCGGCCUCCAGAUCAGCGAAUGUCCCACCUGCCACCAGCCGUGGCGCUCCUCGUCACCUCCCGAGAGACACUUCGACGGCCCCGACCACCGCGAGAGCUAUGUCGACCCCGGCUACUUCCGCAUGCUGCGCCAGGGCCACGCCGUCCCCGAGACCCCACGCCCGCCCUCGAGCCCCAUCCGCCGCAUGGUCGAGCCCGCGCAGCCCGAUGCCGCCCAGGACGACGACGCCGUGGCAGAGGGCGCAGAGUUUGUGAGCAGCUCGCCGGCUCCCCAGGAGGGCAGCCGCAUCCGCCGCGAGGCUUUCAGCCCCAACUACUUCAACACCUUCUUCGUCGAGGAGCGCGAGCUCGGCAGGGGAGGCAAGGGCGUCGUAAUGCUCGUCAGGCACGAGAUCGACGGCUGCCACCUGGGCCACUUUGCCUGCAAGCGCGUCCCCGUCGGCGACGACCAUGCUUGGCUGGAGAAGGUCUUGGUCGAGGUCGAGCUGCUUGCCAAGCUGUCGCACCCCAACCUCGUCUCGUACCGCCACGUCUGGCUCGAGGACGUCAAGCUCAACCGCUUCGGCCCCAGCGUUGCCUGCGCCUUCAUCCUCCAGCAGUACUGCAAUGGAGGCGACCUGCUGCACUACGUCGUUGGCGACAUACCCAAGGCCACCACCAAGGAGGAGCUUAAGGCCCAGAUGCGCCGCCGGUCCAAGGGCCAGCUGGAGCCGCCCCAGGGCCUCUUCGGCAACAACCAGAGACACCUGUCCUUCAGGGAGAUAUACUCUCUGUUCCAGGACAUCACGUCAGGCCUGGCCUACCUGCAUGCUUCCAACUACAUCCAUCGGGACCUGAAGCCGAGCAACUGUCUCCUCCACCGCGAGGGCAACCAGCUGGCCUGUCUCAUCAGCGACUUUGGCGAGGUACAGGCCGAGAACGUGGCUCGUAAGUCGACCGGCUCCACGGGCACCAUCUCCUACUGCGCCCCCGAGGUUCUCAAGAAGGACGCAAGCGGCAGGUUCGGCAACUUCACGACGAAGUCGGAUGUCUUCUCGUUGGGGAUGAUACUGUACUUCAUGUGCUUCGGGCGGCUGCCUUACCGGAGUGCCAAUGCCAUCCACGAGGAGCUGGAAGAUAUCGACAAGCUGCGUGCCGAGAUCAAGGACUGGCAAGGCUUCCAAGACGAGAGAAAAGAGCGGCCGGAUCUCCCGUCAAAGCUGUACCAACUACUCAAGAAGCUACUAUCUGUCAAACCCAGCGAGCGUCCGAGCGCUAGCGAAGUGCUGCUCGCCAUGAAGAGCGAGUCGAGCAUGGACGGAGUCAUGAGGGGAUCUAUAGGCGCUAGCCCGUCCGUCGGCCUGAGUGGACAUCGCAUCCAGAAUCUGGACUCGCCUAUGCCCUCGGGCACACCUAUCCCAGAUCCCACAAAACAUGCCAGAGUGUCAGACGAAGACCUGCCGUCCUUCCAUGGCGACUCGCCGCAGCCCACGACACAGAACAUCCUGCAGAAGCACACACACCCCAUCCCGCCGCCUAUGGCGCCGCGGCAGCGUCGGCUUAGCCAGCCACAGAGCAUGGCUCUCUCACCACGCGGGCUUGACGGCUACUCCCGUGGCGGGUCAACCUCGCCGGAGCGCGGCCUAGGGAGGCGCGGCAGUGCUCGGAACACAACCAUCAGCAGUCCAGGACCCAGCCCCGCAACCGUGACCACCCCGCUCCUCAUGCCGCCGCCGACUACACGGGUCGAGCAGAUUAGACAUUAUGCCGUCCUGUGGCAGUAUCGAUGCGCGCAUUGGCUGCAGUAUCAUGCCGCCCUCUCCGGCUCAUUCUUGCAGCUGCUGUUUUUAGGUGUCAAGCUCUUCUCCGUGUCCUGGUUCUGCUGGCCGUACAGCUCCAACCUUGGCGUCCUGGCGUCCAUCCUCGCCCUUGCCGUGUUGGAUCUCUGGAACCCUGGGAGCCGAGGGUCUUCUGGCGGCAGCGGCAACAGGCUUAGAGAUGCCCUCAAUGUGGGGGUCGGGGGGUCUGCUGGACACCAAGACGCGGCCGGCGCGAGCCGCUGGCUCGUGGGCUGGCGGCGAAGCUGCACCUUGCUGGCGUUGCACGUCGCCAUACUAUGGGUUACAUCCCGCUUUGGCGUCCUGUGUGCCGUAGGGCACCAAGAGAGGUGGUCGGACUGGUGA